AUGCAUCGGUGGAAAAUUGGCCACCCGCUGGGGGUGGUUUCCCUGCUGGGAUGCUGCUUAGCGUUGGGUGUUUUGUUGGCGGAGGUCCAGCCCACGUUUGGCAACGAAUUUCACGGCAUACGACGCGCCAAAUGUCAGCAGCACCGUGAUCGCACUCAGAUCUACGAAGGCGCCGACAACGUGCUGAUGAAACGGUUGCAAGCCUUACGUGCUGAGAUGCGGUCACGUGCUUCCACGCAAAGCGCCGAACUAGACGCGUAUCUGGUGCCGAUGUACGACGAGCAUCAGUCAGCGUACCUGAUGGAGUCGGAUCAGCGCAUCCGCUUCCUGACCGGAUUCAGUGGCUCUGUUGGUGAGGCUGCCGUCCUGCUGCGAUCGGCUGCUUUCUGGACGGAUGAUCGUCAUCUCGCGCAAGCAGACCAGGAGUUAAACUGUGCUUGGAGGUUGUUCCGGACUGGUGAAAGUCCAACUGUGGCCGAGUACCUGCUGGCGGAGCUGUCACCUGAGGCACGCGUUGGUGCAGAUCCGCAGCUGGUGCCACAUCACGUCUGGAAAGCACUCGAGGCUGAAUUGAGUGCGGAUUACAUCCGUAUGGUGCACAUCAACCGUAACUUGGUCGAUCUUGUUUGGGGCUCACGAAGACCGGCACCUCGAUCAGGUGCAAUCCGCGUACAUCCGGUACGAUUAGCAGGAGAACGUUGGGACAGCAAGGUGGCUCGAUUGCGCGCGAAUUUGACCGCACUCAGGUGUGAUGGCAUGAUCGUUAGUUCGCUGACGGAGGUGGCCUAUCUGUUGAACCUGCGUGGCACAGACAUCCCGUACGUGCCCGUGUUCAAAGCGUAUCUGUUGGUGACGCAUCGUGAACUGCUGUUGUACACCAACACGAGCCGUGAGACGCUAGGAUUGAAGAACCACUUAAAGGCGCACUCCUGCCACAAUGAAAACUGCGUGCAGCUACGAGAAUACGGCGAUGUUUGGCGUGAUCUACGCACUAUGGCUCAAUACUGGCAGCGGUUGCUCGUUCCAUCGGCCGUAGUCUUCGAUGCGGGUGCUUCUGAAGCCCUGCACGUACCUCUUCCACGUAACAUCGUGUUCGAGAGACCCUCGCCCGUUGUGUUCCUGCGUGCGCAAAAGAACGAGGUCGAACGACAGGGCAUGAGGCGGGCGCAUGUGCGCGACGGUGUGGCCAUGUGCGAGGUCCUAAGUCGGCUCGAGGAUCGCCACCUCGCUGGUGAUCACAUCACGGAGCAGUCGUUGGCCCGCGAGAUCGACCAAGCCCGGAAGUCGCAGAACAUCUCCGAGGGUGUUGCGUUCCCGACCAGCGUCGCGUAUGGCGUUCAUUCUGGCCAGCCUGAUUAUACGCCCUCGAAUCGCACCAACGCCGAGUUGUCCGACGGGAUGUUAGUAGUCGAUUCCGGUGGUCAGUAUGAGGAUGGCACGACCGAGGUUUCCCGCACGUUACACCUUGGUGAACCUACACCAGAGCAGAUCCGUGCCUACACGAACGUACUGCUUGGUAUGAUCCGACUGUCGAUGCUGACGUUCCCGGAGAAUCUGAAACCAUCCGAUCUGGAUGCGUUAGCUCGUGGUCCGAUCUGGAACUCCAUGAAUGACUACCCCCAUGGGACGGGCCACGGUAUUGGCGCUUAUUCAGCAGUUCGCGAAUCUCCCAUCAGCAUCUCGUACACAACCAAGCAACGGUUUACAUUCAAGGAGGGAUACUUCUUCUCGAAUGAACCUGGAUACUACAAAGCCGGAGCUUUCGGCGUGCGGCUAGAGAACGUACUGGAAGUAGUGGACACCGGCAAAAUGCAUCCGACGGGGCACAAAUUCUUGGCCUUCCGAGACGUGACGCUGGUGCCGUUCGAACCGAAGCUUAUCGAUCGUACCCAGCUCAGUGUCCCUGAGAAAAAAUGGCUCAACGAUUACAACGCCCGUAUCCGGGAGUACGUCGGAGAAGAGCUGAAGCGAAAGCACAAGAUGGACGCGUUCUACUGGAUGAUGAAUAAGACGAGCCACGUGCCGAAGUACUUGACCGAGGCGGAUUACCCCGGGGCAGCACCGUGUUCUAUUCGGGGUUCGUUCGUUGCAACCCUGGCGGGGACAGUUGUCCUGUUGCUGGCACGGUUCAGUGUCCAGGGGCUCUGAAGUGCGCACGAACGUGUGAAAUUCAAAACUAUACCCAUUCUAAUCGCACAAGUACGCGAGCAGAGGCUUGCGUUUCCCCCCGAUUGGUCGGUUGAUGUUUUGUCAAGGGUAUUACGGAAUUUGACAAAUUCCAAUGCAAAUCGCGCACAUUCGCACCUACGGCAGCGUAGGUUUUGGAACGGCAAUCUGGCGCAGGAGUACGCGUUCAAACAAAUCUUAGCAAACUCUAUUUACACUUCAUCCAUGUUGGUUCUUAAAAAUGGUGACCGCUUACGCGGGGCGCUACUGCGAGAAUGAGUGAUAUUUUAUUUAUUUCUGUUUUAACGGUCGCGAAUAAACUAAACACUAAGAAUUGUAUGUUACAGAGGAGA